AUGGCAUCUACCAAAACUCGAAGACCUGCUCCUCAAGGAGUGAUGAUGUCUACACCCCCACCUCAGAGUAGGAAUAACAAGAGUAUGUAUAGUGAGAUUGAGAAACAAGGUUUAUUGGCGAAUUUCGAUAUUGAAGUCGCCGACAAAACGUUAUUCUUCCGUUCAAUCCUUUCUCGGACAUUAGCUUCAUUCAGAAUGAGAGAAGAAUCAGAGAUAUUAUCCAUUCCUAGGGAAUUACGAGGAAUGACUCUAGGGGAAUUAGAAGAUAAAUGGGGCGGUGGUUGGGCAGGGACGUUGCAGAAGAUUAGAAGGGAAAGUUUCGAAAAGAAAGAAAAAGUAAGAGAGGAUAUACAGGAGAAAGAAAGGGAAGAGGUCGUUAAAGGCAAACGGAAACGAAAUGGUACUACCACUGCUGAUAAUUCUCCCGAAAGAGGGGGUAAAAACCCACGUCGAGACGCCCCUACACCCUCUUCCACACGGAGAGCAGCGCCUUCAUCAGCUACACGAAGUAAAGCUCCUACGUCAGCAGCGAAAAAGAGUAAACCUGCUGCUCCCUCGUCCUCUAGUUCGUCAAAAGGACCAAGUACUUUACCUCAAAAUCACAUCUUCAAUCCCAGUUUACCACCCACACCAUUCUUUUCAAAUAAAUCAAGACCUCCGACAUCACCUUUAUCUCAACCUUCCAUGCGCAACCAAUUCACAUCACCUUCUCGUACAUCAGCUUCAGAUUCAGAUGACGACUCAAAUCACCAAUCUGAUGAUGAUGAUGCCAGUGGUGAUUCAGACGAAUUACCUGAUCCUGAAUUACUUGAAGCUCAAUUACUCGCCAAAACACCGCAUUCAAAAUCAUCAAGCAAUUCAAACAAAUCGAAGAAAAAACGUGGUCCUUCAUUAAUCUUCAGACAAUCAAUAAACCCAAACGCAAUGCCCAUACCUCAAGUCACACAAAAAGAUUCAGAUGAACCUUUAUCAAAUGUUGAACUGAGUGACGGACGAAUCAUUUCAUUUAAUCCAUUCUCCCUGACGCCCGGAAGAGUGGAAAGGGAAUUAGAAGAAGGUGGAGUAUCGAAAGAGGAACAGAAAAAAGUGCAAGAGAAAGUGCAUGAAGAAGUAGUCAAAAAUUUAAGAGAGAGGAUGGAGAGAUGGAAAGUCUGA